AUGGCUUUAAUGGACAUUGAAAACGUUUUUCUUGAUCAUGGUUUAUGCUGUCAAAGUUUUGAUCUUCCUUCACCUACAAAAAUUCCCCCAAAACAACAUUAUGAUGCCCAUGUUGAAGCUGCCGAUUCAAUCGAGCGUAUAUCUAAAUUAAACCGAUUACAAAAAUAUGCUUUUGAUUUAAUUAUACAAGCGAUUGAAUUAGAAAAUAUUCCAGAAAGAUAUUUCUUCGUGGAUGGCCCUGGAGGUUCAGGUAAAACGUAUCUUUACAAUACCUUAAUGUGUUAUAUAAGAGCAAAAAAUCAAAUUGUAUUGCCUUUUGCAACCACCGGCAUAUUCUCUAUUCUUUUAAAGGGGGGAAGAACCAUCCAUAGCGGAUUUAAAUUACCUGUGCCUAUCUUUGAAACUUCUACAUCCCAUAUGAAUUUACAUAGUUCGCUAGCUCUAGACAUUAAAAAUAGCAAAUUGAUUAUUAUUGAUGAGGCCACAAUGAUGACUAAACACGCUUUGCGAUGCAUUGACCGAUUACUUAAAGACAUUAUAAAAAAUUCCCACCCAUUUGGCGGAAAAGUAAUUUUAUUAGGUGGUGAUUUUAGACAGACUUUACCAGUAGUGCCUAAAGGCUCCAAAGUCGAUAUUAUAGAGUCCUGUAUAAAAAGUUCAUAUUUAUGGAGUUAUUUUAAAAUAAUACAUUUGAUUGAUAAUAUGCGUAUUUCAUCAGAUCAAGUUGAUUACAAUGCUUGGUUACUUAAAAUUGGAGAUGGGCUAUCACGCAGCAAUUCUGAUCUUCCUACAAAUAGUGUUGAAAUCCCACCUUAUUUGCUUGAAAAUGAUUCAUUAAUAAAAUGUGUGUAUGGUAAUUCUAUAGAAAUUGCUGAUAUAGAUAGUCUUUCUACUAAAAUAAUAUUAACCACCAAAAAUAAAAUUGCACUUACCCUCAACAACGAUAUCAUUAAUAUAAUUUCAGGCCCUAUCAAACAUUAUUAUAGUGCAGAUUCCAUUGAAAGCGAUAAUAAGGAUGAUAUACUGAAUUUUCCACUAGAACUUUUGCAUUCACAAACUCCAUCCGGUAUGCCACCUCACAAGCUAACACUUAAGGUUGGUACAAUUGUUAUGCUAUUACGCAACUUGAGCCCAAAGAAAGGACUUUGUAAUGGUACCCGUUUAAUCAUACGACAUUUACAUAUUAAUUUUAUCGACGCUGAGGUAUUGACAGGCACUAAUAAGGGUUAUCGAGUUUUUCUCCCACGAAUAGAUCUAGCUCCAAGUUACCAUUUACUUUAA